UCUUCAUAUAGGUACUCAGCCUUCUUCUCAGGUUACUUCUUAACCCUCUUUAUCUAGUUUUCCUCAGGCGCUCUUUCGUCCGUGUAAGAAGACCGGUCGUCAAAAAAGCCUGUGACUUGUCCCAUCGGAUUCUAAAUCAACGUUGACACGUUGAUCUGGGAAUUUAGAUACAACCCGGCAAGUAGUCCAGCGUUAGACUACAGCCUGUGGGCGUCUAUUUUGAUAAUCGUACAACUUGGAUAUUGGGGUUUACUCUAGCCAUCCUAUCAGAGGCUUGCAUUUGGUCGAUUCAUACCCCCGGCGCAUCAAUAUUACCAGAAAAGACCGAAUGAGGUGACAGCAUAUCGCUGCGGCGCCUACUCAAAACCACCCACCUUCCCGGCUAUCCAGCUCUGAAAUACUUUUCCUUCGAUAGCUGGUCUCUUCUCAAUUCAUUUUCAUACUAAUCUAUUCCUCUCUUUAAGCCACAUACAUCUUGGUCCUAUUUCUUAAGGUAUCACAAGAGCAUAUAGUAAGCCUGUAUAGAUAAACUGAAUCUUGUUUCUUUCUUUCCCUUUUCUUCCUCAUCACACAUACUACGGUCCAAAUGGCGCCGCAAGACGAAAAAAGGCGGCCCUCUGCCCUUAAACUAGCUCCAUCGCGGUCAUCCUCGACCGGUUCUUCUUCUACCACAUCGUCGCUGCACAAACCGCCAAGGACACCAAGAUUCGCAGAAGCUACUACAGUAUACUCGCCGGUGGAGCAACCAGAUAUGCCGUUUGGAAGAGAUGAUAGAUCACAUGUAGCUCACGCUCAACCGGCUGAUGUUGGGUUUGGAUAUAUUGGAGAGGAGUCGAGCCAUGUUGUGAAUAUGCCGAUGACACCAAAGUCGCCCCUAAAGAGCGCCAUGAAAGUGCCAGGUACCCCGGGGAGGAAAUUUGAGAACCCCUUAAGUCCGACAUUCAUGGAAGAGGAUAUACUAGAGAAAAGGGAGAAGGACACCGAGAAGGAGCAAAAACGAGACUUGGGUCUUAAGACGAAAGUUCGGAUGGCCAAGUUCGCUCUCCGAGGUGUCAGUUUCAGCUGCAGCACCAUUAUUCUAGCCAUGCUUUCCUCGUCUUUUGCUAUCUUCCACGCGACUAAGACUCUACCGGCGCAAAACGGCCUACCUGCAUGGGCGACAGGCACGAGCACGUGGCCGCAAAUUCUCGUACUGGCUGUCUCCUGUACCAAUCUCCUGAUCUGCAUACUUAUUUUCAUCGGUUACUGCAGGGGUGGUCAUCGUCGUGCAGAGAAGGUUGGUGUAUACUAUACAUUGUUCGCAGUUGGCUGGUUCAUCGUCUCCGUGAUUCUAUGGGCUGCCGCUGCAGGUGUUUUGCAAUUCACGAGGAACAACAGCGAUAACAAGGACAUGUGGGGAUGGGCGUGUGUUCAAAACCACCGUGCCGAUCUUUUCUCGCAAAAGGUUGACUACGAACUCGUUUGCAGACUUCAGAACUGGGCUCUGAUCUGUAUUAUUAUCGAGAUCGUCAUAGAUGUUCUUACUAUCAUUCUCUACAGCGUUGUCUUCUAUCGAUAUUACACCAAGCGACGCCUAGCCAAGUCGAUGGAUCUGCGAGACCGCGCCAGAUCCGACCUGUACCUAGCACAGCUGCGAUCGCAAUCGGCACCCAAUACUCCAGGCUUUGGACCCAAGUCUCCGUCAUUCUCACAGUAUGCUAUGUCGCCACGCUUCCCUCCCUCAGCCUACAAAUCUCUGGGAGAUAUCUCGGAACAAUCUUCCGUCACACUGGGCGGACAAGUGGCCGAGCCUCCAUCCUCCUUUGCAAGCCAAGCCAGGAGUGCGGAGAAACCGUUCAAGUUGCAGGCUCCGCCCACCAAGGCUCCCUCCGCCACCCCCAAGAUGGGCCAGGGUGCAUUCCGAACACCUACAACCCCCAACGCACCUGGAACCAGUUUUGGCUCCAACGUAAACGAGCAUGGUCCAGUUGCGCCUGGAGAGGUACAAUACGACGCCGUGCCUAUUCCUGGCGCGUAUAGCGACGCCGUUAUCAAGAGCCCGCCGGCGGCACAGACGAGUUUCAGCCAACCGCGGUAAAAAAGGGCAUGGCGACAGAAGGAAAAGAAAUAAAAAUAAAUAAAAACAAAAUGAAGCGAGAUUAAAACAA